AUGAGUUCGUCUUUGGCCUCGUCCGUGACUUCGCUGCAGUCUUCUCUGCAGCUCCUCGAUAACUCGAUCAAUACCCUGGACUCCGGUGUCAACGACUUUCCCCGCCUUUGCAAAACUCUCCAGACGACACGACACUUUGAACUUCUCCCCGAACCAACUCUACGUGAUGCACAACAAUCUCUGCUAGAUGAAAUCACACCCAGCAUUACGCACCUUCUUUCACUCUCUUCGAGCCAUGUGGAAAGACUCGCGCGACGAGAACAAGGCCUAAAGGCAAAAUGCGAUCUCCAAGAAGGGCGACUUUCAUCCAACUCGGACGGUAAAUCCUCAGCGACUCUGGCUCAAGGCCAGGGCAACGCCGCACUGCGGCGUCGUCAGGCCGGACCAAGUGGUGCUCUUUCCGACAAUGCAGCCUCGAGGGCGCUCGAGCUACGGCGGCUGGUGCAGAAGAAGGAGCGUCUCAAAUAUGCUGUGGAUCGAUUGGAACUUCAGAGCACCCAGCGCGAGCGUCAGCUGAGGAAGAGCAUGGCGGCGCAGUGA